AUUGAGUUUGCGGAUGAUGGUGAGGGGGGAGCUCUUUCUCGAAUUCUCCUACAGGCCCCGAGACGGUCGUAUUCCUGGCUUUAGUCUGGCAGCACCUUGCUCCUAAUGUCCUUGGAAAUAGCUGUCCUCCUUGAAUGAAGGGGUUUUCUAUAGAAACGACAGCUAACAACAACAUCCUGGAUCUAAUGCACCACUAUUAUUUUGAUUUAUUUACAGCCAUCUAUGGGAAGUGUGUAAAAAGUGAAUGAACGGAUAACUUUGCAACGUAACAGAGGCGCAUACUGCUGAAACUUUGCAACCUGCUGCUUGCUUGUUGUCGGUGUGCUUAGUCUACAGUGUUGCGGGGGAUCUCUCGCCGGGUUACUUUUGUAAUCCACCUCUGCAUGGAUACAUCAUGGCUACUUUAGUUUGCAGGGUUCAGUUUUUAGAUGACACCGAUCCUUUUAACAGCACUAAUUUCCCUGAACCAACGAGACCACCUUUAUAUACAUUCAGGGAAGAUAUUCCUCUCGUCAACCAGAUUGCUGGAGUCCACAGGCUGCUCAAAGCACCUCAUAAGCUUGAUGACUGUACCCUGCAGCUGUCUCACAAUGGAACCUAUUUGGAUCUGGAGUCUACACUGGCUGAACAGAAGGAUGAUCUGGAAGGCUUUCAGGAGGACACUGGGAGGGGCAAGAAACACAGUAUGGUCCUGAGGACACAGCUCUCUGUAAGGGUCCAUGCCUGCAUCGAAAAACUCUACAACUCCAAUGGAAGGGAGCUGAGGAGGGCCCUGUUUUCCCUGAAGCAGAUUUUUCAGGACGAUAAAGAUUUGGUCCAUGAAUUUGUUGUGGCUGAAGGGCUAACAUGUUUGAUAAAGGUGGGAGCAGAAGCUGACCAGAACUACCAGAAUUACAUCCUUAGAGCACUUGGGCAGAUCAUGUUGUAUGUGGAUGGGAUGAAUGGGGUCAUAGGUCACAACGAAACUGUCCAGUGGCUCUACACACUCAUAGGGUCAAAGUUCCGGCUGGUGGUGAAGACAGCUCUGAAGCUGCUGCUGGUGUUCGUGGAGUACACAGAGUCCAAUACCCAACUCCUCAUUGAGGCUGUCCGUGCCGUCGACACAAAGAAAGGAACCAAAAUAUGGUCAAACGCCAUGGAGAUUUUGGACGAAAAGGAUGGGGUGGACACAGAGCUGCUUGUUUAUGCCAUGACAUUAGUCAACAAGACACUAGCAGGGCUGCCAGAUCAGGAUUCCUUCUAUGAUGUGGUGGACUGUCUGGAAGAGCAAGGCAUUGAAGUUAUUGCACAGAGACACUUGAAUAAGAAAGGAACCGACCUGGACCUUGUAGAGCAGUUUAAUAUUUAUGAGAUGACUCUGAGGCACGAGGAUGGUGAUGAUGACAGCCAGCCCCCUCUGACAGGUCGCAAGGACCGCAGAAGAGCGAGUCUGGGAGGGGCUAAUGAACGGCACGGGCUGGAGCGCAGGAGGAGCCGCAGGCAUUCCAUCCAGAACACCAGGGGGGCGACCUCCGCCCCCGCCAGCCCCAGCAGCCUGCACAGUCAGAAUACCAAUGGCUUCAUCUCCUACAGUGGUCAGAGGAUUGAGGAUCUCAGUGAAAAUCGAAGGCUAGAGAGCCAUAUGGCGUUCCAGGGUGGCGACCAGUCUGAGACUGAAAGCGUGUUUGAGGCUGAGUUUGCACCGUGGCCAAUAGAGGAGGAGAACGAAGAGGAGGAAGAGGAACAACCAAUCACAGAGCCAAAUACUGAGGAUGAGGGUGAGGAAGAGCCCUCUAGACAGGUCAAACACAGUGUGGUUUCACAAUCUCCAGUGAUAGACAACGUAGAACAAGCCGACGCCAUUUGCUGUCCUAAAUAUGUAGCCAAAAGCGUACCGAUUUCUGAAGAAGAUAGGCCUCUCAACAACCCUACAGCAAAGAACUCUCCAGCCUCCUCAGCCAGGGCAACAGUCUCCAUCAACCAUCCCAACUCCUCUUACCUGUCUGUGUCUCCUCCAACCUCCGUGCUCGCAACAUUGUUAGCGAACCGAAGGUUGCCCACCACCACUUACAGAACUGGUUGCCAGGGUUCUUCAGCCAACAUCACCCCGGCUGUGUCUCCAACUGUGGAAAAACUGCCCUACCUCCCUCAUUCUCCCUUCCAUCUUUUCUCUUACGACUUCGAUGAGCCUCCUCCCUCUACAGUCAAGGAAACAGAGGCUGAAGCAAUGAGAUCCAACAGUCAAGCAGAUGCUACCUGCUCAAGCAAAUAUUCAGAAUCCAAUGAACCCUUUUCAUCCAGGUACUCCUCCAGCAGAUACAACAGCUAUGGCACCAGCAGCAGCAGCCCUUACACUAGCAGCAAAUCCUAUUCUACACUGAGUGCCCCCACUACACCCACCUCCAGCUAUGGAACAUCUGUGUCACCCUCCCCGGACUCCAAAACAGACAGACCAGUGCUGGGUGGGCUGCUCACUUCCUCUUACCGACAGCACCAGGAGUCCCUAGCGGCUGAGCGAGAGAGAAGGCGACAGGAGAGAGAGGAGAGGUUACUGCGGAUAGAGCGGGAAGAGAGGAACAAAUUCAAUCGGGACUAUAUGGACAAAAGAGAGGAGCAAAAACAUGCCAGAGAAGAGAGGUACAAGAAUGUGGAAAGGUUAGCAGCGGAGGAGUACGAGAAGGAAAGGAGCCGCACAGUGCCAAGGGGGCGGAGCGAGCUGACCCUCAACCUGAGCACCCACACUGCGUCCACCUCACCUGUCCACAGGUGUGUCACCCCCUCCUCAGCUGAGUCCCAGGAGGAGCCAGAGACACCGUCCACUCUCUACGAAUCCCCCAAGCCAGCAGAAGUAUUUAUCAGCGAACCAGAGCCUGAACCAGAUCUAGAACCAAACACAGAAAUCGAAACAGCCCAGGAGCAGUCGACAGAACUUGAAACAGAACUCAAAGAGGAGUCGGCACCCAAACAGGAAGUGGCACAAGAGGUUGAACAGGAAGCAGAGGCCCAAAAGGAGGAGGUGGAGUCUCAGGACGUGACGGGAUUAGAGCUAGAAGCAGAGCAGGGACCAGAACGAGAGCCAGCGGACAACACUCUCCUCAGCGAGAAAGAGAGGCAGAAUGAGGAAGUGAAUGAGAAGGACAACUGUUCAGCCUCCAGCAUCUCUUCUGCCAGCAGCACUUUAGAGAGAGAGGAGAGGGAGGACAAGCUAACCAGCGACAAUGAGACUGGUCCAUGGGCACAGUGCAUUAAGGAUGUUGAUGUGAACGAGCAGUGCAGCAAAAUCCUCAACAGUAAGCUGUUCAUGUUGGACAUGUUGUAUGCCCAGAACAAGAAGUCACAGGAUGAAGAGGAGGAGGAGGAAGAGAAGAAAGAACAGGUGGAGGACAAGGAGAAAGAAGAGAGUGAAGAGUCAGUGGCCAGUCUGGCCAGCAGGAUCUCCAUCCUGCAAGCCAACAAGCAAACCAACGAGGAGAACACCAUGAAGGACAUGGAGCACCUGGACAACCAAGGGAGCGUCAAGGCUUUUGCUGAGAAGUUCAAUAGCAGGGAGCUGGUCAAGAUCAUUGGCCCCUCUGAGAGUGUGGUCAGCGAGAAGCAGCCAGAGAAACCACCAGCGCCACCCAAGAAAGAGUCUGAUUACAUUUGGGAUCAACUCAUGGCCAGCCCACGGGAGCUGAAGAUCAAAGACAUGGACUUCACAGACUUGGGGGAUGAAGAUGACCAAGAUAUUUUGGAUAUGGACAGUUUUGUGGGCUCGGGGGAUCAGAUACUUCCUCCGCCCCCCCCUCUACCAUCUUUUAUGGCCUUACCACCCCCACCACCUCUUUUUGGCUGCCCACCACCGCCCCCUAUCCCUGGCGUCAUGGCGCCACCUCCCCCACCCUUCAUUGUCCCCCAGCACAUCGGUUCUCCGCAGCUUCCGCGGGGUGAGCCCUCCUUCCAGAAAAAGAAGAAGACUAUUCGGUUGUUUUGGAAUGAGGUUCGUCCUAUGGACUGGCAGUACAAAACUCAUAAAUGCUGUAGAGACUCCCUGUGGUCUAAGCUGGAGCCCAUCAAGUUAGACACCUCCAAGCUGGAGCACCUCUUUGAAACCAAGUCUAAGGAACUGCCAAUCACUAAGAAAACCGCUGCUGAUGGGAAGCGACAGGAAAUCAUUGUUCUUGACUCAAAAAGAAGCAAUGCCAUUAACAUCGGUAUGACAGUAUUACCCCCUCCAAGGACAAUCAAGACCGCUAUUCUCAACUUCGAUGAAUAUGCCUUAAAUAAAGAAGGGAUUGAGAAAAUUUUAACCAUGAUCCCAACGGUGGAGGAGAAACAGAAGAUCCAGGAAGCCCAGCUGGCCAGCCCUGACAUUCCCCUGGGCAGCGCGGAACAAUUCUUGCUCACACUAUCCUCCAUCAGUGAGCUCUCUGCCAGGCUCCAGCUCUGGGCUUUCAAAAUGGACUACGAAUUAACAGAGAAGGAAGUAGCUGAGCCACUCCAAGACUUAAAAGAAGGGAUGGACCAGCUAGAAAAUAAUAAGACACUAAGGCACAUCUUAUCUACUUUACUUACAAUCGGUAACUUUCUAAAUGCAUCAAAUGCCAAAGGGUUUGAGCUGAGCUACCUAGAGAAAGUUCCAGAGGUGAAGGACACUGUGCACAAGCAGUCUCUCCUGCAUCACACCUGCACAAUAGUGGUGGAAAAGGUCCCAGACAGCACAGACCUCUACUCAGAGAUCGGGGCCAUCACCAGGUCAGCCAAGGUGGACUUUGAACAGCUUCAGGACAACUUGGGUCAAAUGGAGCGGAGGUGCAAAGCAUCCUGGGAUCACCUGAAGGUCAUAGCAAAACAUGAAAUGAAGCCAGCCCUGAAGCAGAAGAUGUCUGAGUUCCUGAAGGACUGUGCAGAAAGGAUCAUCAUUUUAAAGAUUGUGCACAGGAGGAUAAUUAAUAGGUUCCAUGCAUUUCUCUUGUUCAUGGGCCAUCCUCCCUAUGCGAUCCGAGAGGUGAACAUUAACAAGUUCUGCAAGAUUAUCAGCGAAUUUGCCCUGGAGUACCGCACCACCCGCGAGAGAGUGCUGCAGCAGAAACAGAAACGGGCCAACCACCGGGAGAGGAACAAGACCAGGGGCAAAAUGAUCACAGAUACUGACGAUGAAGAUGAUUGCGAGUCAGGAAAAUUCUCCAGUAACACAGCCAGCAGUCUGAGCCAGCCCCAGGGCCUGGAGUACGCAGAGGACGCAGCAGAACAUGAGAAUAUGAAGGCCGUGCUGAAGACCAGCCUGCAGAGUGGGGAGAGCAGCACCUCUGUGGUACCGGGGCUCCGAACCCGAACACGCGCCAACCGAGGCCGAAUCGGGUCCUGCAAUCCUGUGAACGACGACUCUCCCAACGCUACAGACGACGCAGCGGAUGAGAUCAUGGAUCGCAUCGUUAAGUCCGCCACACAAGUGCCAAGUCAACGAGCCGUGCCGAGGGAGAGGAAGAGGUCAAGAGCAAACAGGAAGUCAUUGAGACGAACAUUAAAGAGUGGCUUGACGGCAGAAGAGGCCAAAGCUCUGGGACUUAGCACCUCUGAAAUGCAGGUGUGAAGAGACUUCCAGAAACGUCCAGAAACGUGUACAGCACCUGGGUCAACCAACGCCAUGGCAACUCCAUCCAGCUGGCUGCUCUUCAUGCUCCUGGCACCCAAUCGUCUUUGGGCUCAUUUACUGUACGACUCAUGUUAAAUAAAAAAUAAAGAGCUAUUGAAAAGGUUGUUACCGCUCAGCACUAGAAAUGUUGGCAGUUACAGAAUUCAGGAUUGUUCUUGAGUAUUUUGUAGUUUAAAACGUAUUGCUUUUCUUGAUUAAACUGAUUUGAUCAUUAGAAAA